UUUUAUUUUGAAGGGCCGUCGUUAAACGGGAAGUUUUAUUCUCCUGACUAUAUUAAUGGAACAAAACUAUGAAAAACAUUUUAGUCAAAUUUCCAUAAAGAGCAUAAAAAGUGGAUAAAUUAAAAUACAUGCAAUUAUCAUUUCAAGUACACGGCGUACGUUUUGUUUUCACUCACAGCGCCCCCUCCUGUAGCACCACUAAACUGUAAACUCAACCGCCAGAAAGGAAGUUACGGUUAGUUAAUUCGUUAGCUUUGAUAGUAGCCGGCUAACUUGCUAAAAAAGUAAACAAGUUCGUGGGAUGAGAUGAUAUUCAACUGUAGGACAAAGUAGCUUUUCAGUCAUGAAAGAAGAUAAAGAAAACGCUCGACCUAAGGAGAAAAGGGUGGAAAUAAAAUGUGAAGAUGGGGAAAAGACAGAGAAGUCCAAGGAAAAGAAAGAGGCCAUGACAAAGAUUGUGAUCAGACGAUUACCACCAAAUCUGACCAAGGAGGAUUUGGAGGAACAGUUACAACCGCUCCCAGAGGUGGAAUACUUGGAGUUUUUCUCCAAUGACACCAGCCUUUACCCUCACCUCUUUGCAAGGGCUUACAUCAGUUUCAAAAACCAAGAGGAUAUAGUCCUCUUCAGAGAUCGAUUUGAUGGAUAUGUAUUCAUUGACCACAGAGGACAGGAAUAUCCUGCUAUUGUGGAGUUUGCGCCCUUUCAAAAGACUGCCAAGAAAAGAACUAAGAAAAAGGAUGGAAAAUGUGGAACAAUAAUUGAAGAUCCUGAUUACAAGAAGUUCCUUGAAUAUUACAACGGAGAUGAAGAAAAACUGACAUCUACACCUGAGACCCUCUUGGAGGAGAUUGAGGCAAAAUCAAAGGAACUUGUAGCUAAAAAAACAACUCCUCUGCUAGACUUCCUGAAGAACAAACAGAGACUCAGGGAGGAAAAGAAAGAAGAGAAAAGGAGGAGGGAGUUUGAACGCAAGCGUCUGCGAGAAGAAGAACGUCGUAAGUGGAGGGAGGAGGAGAGAAAGAAGCGUAAAGAGGCUGAGAAGAUGAAGAGACUUGAGAAAACAUUGGACAAAGAGAGAGACCAAGUUAAAGAAGAACCAAAAAUUAAGCUCUUGAAGAAGCCAGACAAAAGUGAUGAAGGUAAUUCUGAGAAGCCCAAGGAAAAGGCCAAGAAACCAGAGAAGCCAAAUAAAGAGGACAGAUCCAUGGGGAGUGCUGAUCAUAAGAGGCGUCAGAACACUGAAAAUAAGGAGGAUCGGGGAAGGAAAGUGGAUGAAGACAGGCGGAAGGAGUUCAGGGAGCGUGACACAGAUCGAGACAGAGAGCGUGAACGAGAGCGGGAGAAGGAGCGGCGGCAGAAAGAGAAGGAGCGCAUCAGGCGACAGGAUGAAGAGAGGAGGAGAAGGAGAGAGCGGCAGGAUGGAGAGAACACGUGCAGGAAGCGGGAGGAGGAGGUGAAAAAAGAAAAAGAGCAUGCCUUGGAGAAGAAAAAGAGUGAAAAUAUCGGAGAAUUCUUUCCCUCUGAGAGCCUGGAGAAGCCCAUCAAAGACAACAAGAAGGAGGAGAGUGGUAAAAGAGAGAGGCUACGAAAUAAGGACCGGCCUGCUAUUCAGCUGUACCAGCCGGGGGCCAGAAGCCGCAAUCGAGUUGCAGGAGGAGGAGCAGCUACAGAAUCCAACUCAGUGGACAGGAAUACUGAGACUAAGAAAGUGGCUGACAAAGUAGAUGAUUGAUCAGAUUUCUGCACAAGGCAUUUUACGUUUUGGUGAGGAGUGGGGAGACAGACCUGUGAGGCUCGAAGCAGCAAUGCAGUGCCUCAGGGCAGUGUGAACUGCAGUUCAUGCAGGGCUGCAUCAAGCUCUCCCAGUCUCAGAGGCAGAUGUGUGAUAGCGGAGCCUCUAAGUGCCUGAAUGUGAUGCUCUUAAUUUCAUUUGUUAUGUGAGGUAACAGUAACCUUUGAAAAGAGUUUGCCUUUACGGCACAAUCUGUGGAGCCAAAGCUUUCAUAGAGCACGUGAACUCAAAGUGACCUUAAUUCAGUACGGCUUUCAGCUUAAAAUCUAUCACACUCUGGAGGUAUAAAAUAACUUCACAGGUGUUUAACUUCUGAAUUACUCGAUGAUGAUUUUGCCAAACUGAUUAAUAUUAUUUCUAGACUGUAUUGAAUAAGUUUUUUGUUGUAGCAUUGCCAUUUGCAGUUUGAAAUGUACUGAUGGAAAUAACAUCUCACUCUGCCUGGGGAGAUAGACGAUCUAAAUGUAUGUGCAGAAGAUUUAAAACUUUUCAUGGUCUGUAAUUCUUAAAUAGUUGCAGUCUCAGAAGCACAACAUUUACUGAAGGACAUUGUCUACUUACUCAUGUGUUUUGUUCAUAUGUUCAUACAGUGACUGGGGACACAUAGCCUGACUAAACUGCCAUAUGACAGCCAUGCCCGCAUGCAGAUUUCAAUCAGAGUAAUCACCCUGUGGCCUUCCCCCUUUUCUAGUCUGAAACUCCCCUUCAACUUUCAUCUGUGAUGCACUCAAACUAAAUACAGCAUGAAAAUGAUCACUGCUGGUGAUGCUAACGUACAGUAACCCCUUUGGACUAGAAAUAAAAAAGGUCUUUGUUGAAAGGUAAAUGUUUGUCUGUCUCUGUCUCUCCCUCUUUUUGGUGUAGUAUUUAAGUAAACUUUUUGUCAGUCAGAUAAUUGAAUAAUUGACUAAUUUCAGUUCUAAUGGUAUAU